CGCACGUUUUCGCCAUGACUUUCAAUCCUUUGGGCGUUCGCAUUCGUCCUUUUCAACUAUUACUCUCCUCGCUGAAUAAAAGAUAAUACACGUAUAUAUUAUAUUCUGAAAUAUGAGAAACCACAAAAAUGUUUCAGAGAUGCUUGUUGGGUAGUCAACAUUCCGCGCUGUGGACCUCGACUCGUACUUAUCGAACGAAAGGCAGCAAAAACAGAAAGGCCACGCAAGUAACAGACGGUCCAUAUCUCACUUCCAGGUCACCUGCCAGCAAUACCUCAAUCAAAGAAACGUGGAAAAGACCGGUCACUAUCACACGUGGUUCCGAGCAUCACCACGACCUUGCAUCUUUUUUAGAGUACGCCAAGCGCGAAAGGCUUUCGGAUUCAUCAAACGUGUAUUUGGGCACCGUCUACGAAUACACCGCCGCCGCCAGUGUAGCUCGCCUGGGAUUUGACGUGGUCAGAACAGGCAGGACAGCGGACUUUGGUAUCGACCUGCUUGGAUGGUGGCGUUUGCCCACAUCACCUGACCCCAUAAAGGUCUUACUCCAAUGCAAGGCCUACGAGAGGAAACUGGGCCCUCAAUACAUUCGAGAGCUUGAGGGUUCCUUUCCCGGCGCACCAGCCCAUUGGCAGGGUCAAGGAGUGAUGGGAUUCCUCGUUGCCCCCAGCCAAGCGACCAAGGGCAUGAGAGACGCCAUGAUCAAGAGCAGUCUGCCACUAGGCUUCAUGCAAGUGACGAGAGAAGGCAAAAUUCUUCAGAUGCUCUGGAAUCACAAGGUCGCGCUGUGGGGUCUCGAGGGCUUCGGUGUGGUCAAGAAGUUAAAGCGUCAAGCUACAACUUGCGACGUCAAUGAAGAAAUCGCGCUGACGUUGAAUGGCCGAACGUUGGACUUGAGCGAGCGCCCGUCAACGGAAAACGCAACGGGGUCGGCAAUGGGGUCGUGGAGAAUAGGAAAUACAUGAAGAAAUGCAUCUUCCCGUCGCCGGACGAGCCGCGGUAAGUCACAAUUACAUCGAGAUGAUCACCUUGCGUGCGGUCAUGUAUCGCGGAACCACUUCUUAGUAUCAAUUUUGCUUAGGAGAGAUUCUAAAUUGAAAUUUCUUGGCUCUUCCGCAGGGUCUGAAACCCCGCGGUUUGGUGUCUCUAAGAAUUGUUAAUAUCGUUCGGGGAGUGCCAAAAGCAGAUUACAAAGUAAGGAGUAGCUUGCCUGCGAACAGAGAUUCGUGACAGUCAUUGAGCUUAUUGCUCUGACAAGAUGCACCGUACGCAUGCCUUAUGUCUACCCAAGUCAUCAUGGUCAUUAGACACCUCAUUUAUGUACAAGUAAUUUUAUCAAAAUACGGCCGGACUUUGUUUA